GAGCGGCUUUCAUCCCAAUUGAAACCACCUCCACCGCCGACGACGACGACGGCGGCGGCGAUGGGUUUCCCUUCCGUCUGCUACGCCGUCAUCCUCCCGCUCCCCGUCGCGAUCGUCCUUUUCCUGCUCGAACGCCUCAAGCUCGCCGUCUCCGCCGCGCUCUUCUUCCUUGGCCUCGCCUCAUGGCCCCCUUCCUCCUCCAUCGCCGACAGCCUCAACCCGUUCGGGCACUCCGUCCACCUCAGCGACUCCCUCAUUUCCCCCGCCGUCGUCAAGUGCCGCCUCCCCGUCGUUCGCUUCUCCGCUCUCCGAUCCACCGCCGCGCCACCCUGCGCCGUCUGCCUCGCCGCGCUCGAGCCCCGCGACGAGGUCCGGCAGCUCGGGAACUGCGCCCACCUCUUCCACAAGGCCUGCAUCGACAAGUGGGUCGACGUCGGACAGAUCACCUGCCCUCUCUGCCGCGCCCUUCUCCUUCCCGGGCCGCACCAGCAUCUACCGGAGGAGGUUAGCCCUGGAUAUCACUCAAUCGGCUAGGGUUUCUAACUGUUCUCUGCUUGUAAUACAAAAGUUCGUCCUUCUUCAAUAAAUACCUAUCGAUUGAAUGCA